AUGGGCGGUGCAGAUAAGAUGCCGGCAGGCCGGCUCAGCUGGUUACUGCUAGGCGUGGUGUUAGCCUUUGGAGUUGCAGCUAGCCCGGCCCAGGCCUCCAGGAAUACUCACUACGACUUCGUUAUCAAGGAGACCAACGUCACCCGGCUCUGCCAGGAGAAGACCAUCCUGGCCGUGAACGGGCAGUUCCCCGGGCCGACCAUCUACGCGCGCAAGGACGACGUGGUCAUCGUCAACGUGUACAACCAGGGCAACAAGAACAUCACCCUCCACUGGCACGGUGUGGACCAGCCGCGGAACCCGUGGUCCGACGGGCCGGAGUACAUCACGCAGUGCCCCAUCCAGCCCGGCGCCAACUUCACAUACAAGAUCAUCUUCACCGAGGAGGAGGGCACGCUGUGGUGGCACGCGCACAGCGACUUCGACCGCGCCACCGUGCACGGCGCCAUCGUCAUCCACCCCAAGCGCGGCUCCGUCUACCCCUACACAAAGCCGCACAAGGAGAUGCCCAUCAUCCUCGGCGAGUGGUGGAAUGCAGACGUGGAGCAAGUUCUCCUGGAGUCCCAGCGGACCGGCGGCGACGUCCAGAUUUCGGACGCCAACACCAUCAACGGGCAGCCCGGCGACUUCGCCCCGUGCUCCAAGAACGACACCUUCAGGAUGUUGGUGGAGCACGGCAAGACAUACCUACUCCGGGUCAUCAACGCGGGGCUCACCAACGAGAUGUUCUUCGCCAUCGCCGGGCACCGCCUCACGGUGGUCGGCACCGACGGCCGCUACCUCAAGCCGUUCACCGUCGACUACAUCAUGAUCUCCCCCGGACAGACCAUGAACAUGCUCCUCGAGGCCAACCACGCCACCAAUGGCUCAGGCGACAACAACCGCUACUACAUGGCCGCGAGCCCGUUCUUCACCAACAUCGGACUCCCGGUCAACGAUAAAAACACCACGGCCAUUCUGGAAUACACGGACGCGCCGCCCUCCGCGGGGCCACCAGACUACCCCGUCCUGCCGGUCAUCAACGACACCGCCGCGGCAGCGGCGUACACAUCGCAGCUCCGCUCCCUGGUCACCAAGGAGCACCCGAUCGACGUGCCAAUGGAGGUCGACGAGCACAUGCUCGUGACGAUCUCCGUCAACACGCUCCCCUGUGGGGCCAACGAGACGUGCAUGGGCCCCGGCCCCGGAAACAACACCCGCCUUGCGGCGAGCCUGAACAACGUCAGCUUCGUGCCGCCGACCGUCGACAUCCUCGACGCCUACUAUUACUCCAUCAGCGGCGUGUACGAGCCGGACUUCCCCAAUAAGCCGCCCUUCUUCUUCAACUUCACCGCCCCCAACCCGACGGUGGAGUUCCAGCUCUGA